AUGAGUACGAUAUUUUAGGCAUCUAAUGUGUAGGAUUUUUCACUAAGAAAUUCCAAAGUUACUAUUUUAUCAAAAAAUAAAUCCGAUUCAUCAAUCUUGGUAUUUGAUUCUGGUUGCCUAGUUUUAGAGAACAUUAAUUAACUUGUUUUAAAAUCCAAAGUGUAAUCUGUGAUCCGAAUUUCUUGUUUCUACUAAUGUUUGAAGAAUAAGAAUAGGAUAAAAUUAACUAAUCUUUAUUCUGCCUCAUUAGAAAACUCUUGUAGCAAAGAUAAAAAUCCCAUAUAAUAAAUUCAGAAUGGUUGAUUGGUGCAAUAGUAGAAUUUGUGCACUUAUAUUCUAAAAUGACCUCAUCUUGUAUGAUAUUUUUUUAAAUAAAAUCAACAAGAAAAUUUAAUCAGAUUUUCAUUAAAUUUCAUAUUUUACCAUAUCAAGAAAAUUUGAUUAAAUCUUUUGUGAAUUUUAAUAAAAUAUUAAUACUUCAAUAUGUUUAGUAUUUGCUGUUAAAAAUUAGGCUGAACUAUAAUAAUUUGAUAAGUGCAUCGCUUGUAAAUUAAUGGAAGAAUAAGACUAAGAUUAAAUUUUAUUGUUUCAAAAUAAAUCUAAUAAUUUAUUCAUUAUAUUAGCAAAAUUUGAUGAUGGAUUUAAAAUAGAGAGAGAAAUUUAGCAAAAUUUAUCAAAUCCCCCUUAAAGUAUUCGAAAAGUUGGAUAUCAAAAAAACAAAAAGGAUAUACUCUUGCUUGAUUCAUAUUCAAAUUUGGACAUUUAUUCAAUAAUUCUAAUUACUAAAUGUAGUUAAAAAUAAAAUGUAUUUUUAAUAUAGUUUAAUUUUAUGUUUCUCUUUUUAGACGAAAACUUAAUAAUGUUAGACAUUAAAAAUCAAUUAAUUUUUGAAAAUUUACCACCAGAUUUAUCAAUAAGACCUCCAUAUCCAAUAUAACCAUAACCUUUGACAAAAGCUCCUCAAGUUAAGAAGAGAGCUAUGUAAGGAAUUUUAACUGAUCAAAGUAAUAUUUAAUCAAUAGAACUAUUGAUAUAGCAAUAUAUAGAAGGAUUAAAUGGAUUAUUGAAAAUAGAACCUCAUUGCUCUCUUCCUCAAGUUUUCUGGGUUUUUUAAAUCUAACUUAUUUUAUUUGGAGGAAUUUUAGGUGUUUAUAAAGAUAUUUCCUAUGCUUAUCUUAUUAUCUUCUCUUCCAUCUUCUACUCAUGA